AUGAAUGCCACCAUCUCCUGCUCGGCCGAGGAGGGCGUCUUGGCGUCUUGUGAUGAACCGCGGUCCUCUAAUGGGCGUCUUGGCGUCGCCGUGAACCGCGUCCUCUGUGGGCGUCGCCUGCGAUGGAAUACACCAUGGAAGCAGGCAGAAAACUUCCUGCGGACCAUGGAGACCUGGAGUCGACCCCGGGGCUUCCAGCCCGGGGAGGAGCCCUCGAGCCAGGUCUCGGGUGGGCUGGCUGACCGGCACUCCUGGGGGCCCCCCAGCCCCGAGACUUCCCCGCGCCCGGCGCUCCCGACCCCGCCGCGCUCCAGUCUCCGGGGGCCGCACUUCGAGGAUGUCGUGGCCGCGAGGUCCUCAGACUGGCUCACGCAGCGCUCGGGGGUGGACGACGCCCCAGCCCACCAGCUGGACACGCCGGCGUCCUGGGACUCGGAGCCCCAGCUCUGGCAGGACGUCCUGACCGAGCAGCUCUGGCAGAUCUUCGCCGGGACCCACAAUAAGGGGGAGCGGCUGCAGCACACACUGACAGAGCAGGCGCCAGGCCUGGAGAGUCAGGACCUGGGACCGCGCUACUCAGGACUGGAACCACGUAUGGAAGACACUUUGGUUCUCAGCCCACCUGUGCCCUCCCUCAGCUCCCCUGAGGGCUCCCACGAAGGGAGCACAGAGCCAGGCGCCGAGGCGGACGGGAUGCUCUCCCGAGUGGCCCAGGAGCCUGCUGGGAGAGCCCGCCCUUUCCUGAAGCCCAUAUGCUGGGACCCUGAGGACUUUGAGGACACGUGGAAGAGACCGGACGCCUUGCCCUGGCAAUCCAAGAAGCGGGCCAUCCCACACAGAAUGGAGAAGGUGCGGACGCUGGAACACGGGGAGCCCGUGCUGGCCACGGCUGUCAGCAGCUUCGUGCGACACGCCUUCACCUGUGGCAGGGGUGGUGUCAAAGUGUGGAGCCUGGCCAGCCAGGUGGUGGAGGACAGGUAUCCCGAGAGCCACCUGUGUGUACAGGUGAGGGAGGGGCUGGCUCUGGGGGCGGGGCCUGCGGGAGCCAGAAGAGCCGCGGAGGACGAGGACGGUCCCCUGCAUCUCUGCCCACCGCAGACCCGCCGGGCCUACCUGCGCACCUGCCUGCUGUCCUCGGACAGCACGACCCUGCUCGCGGGUGGCCACAACCUGGCCGGCGUGAGCGUGUGGGACCUGACCGCGCCUUCCCUGUACGUGAGCGGUGAGCUGCCCUGCGCGGGCCUCACCUGCCAGGCCCUGGCCUCCAAGCCUGAGGACAGCCUGGCCUUGGCUGGUUUCACGGAGGGCACAGUCAGGAUCUGGGACCUACGGGACCAGAGUGUCAUCAGGGACCUGCCGGGCCACCCGAAUGGGGCCAAGAGCAUUGCUGUCAAAGACCAGAACGUCUGGACAGGGGGUCUGGACACCUGUCUGCGGUGCUGGGACCUGAGGGCUGCCAGAGAGCCUCAGGAGUACCAGUUUGAGUCUCAGAUAAUGAGCCUGUCCCCUAGUCCCCAGGAGGACUGGGUGCUGGUGGGCACAGCCAAUGGCCAGCAGUGGCUGCAGCCCACCCGAGGGGGCCAGAAGCACAUGGUGGGGUGUAAGGACGGCACCAUCCUGGGUCUGAAGUUCUCCCCCCUCGGCCAGUGGUGGGUGAGCGUCGGGACGGACGACCUGGUUGGCGUCUAUAGCAUGCCCGCGGGGGCCGUGGAGCUCCAGCUACACGUGACGGCAGAAACGGCCCCGAGUGACUCCUCGCCGUCGAGCCCCGCAAACCACGUGGACACGAGCGGGAGAGAAACGUCCGCCGCGUUCAACCACUGA